AUGACCUUAAUUGCAUCCAUGUCAGCCUCUAAUACCAAGAUGGAAUAUCCUCUUCCAUCCGGGAUGCACGUCGUUCCCUCUGAGCAGCUCGACCUACGCCCCGACGCAGACAUCGACGUCGACCUGCUCCAUCCGCCGCCCGUAACAGGGGUCAAGAACAUCUGGUUUUUCUGGCACUCCGGCUACGCGAGCAUGCACCCAUACACACAGCGCACAGUGCGAGCAUGGCACCGCCGCUUCACCAAACAAGGCUGGAUAGUACGGAUCACAGACCGACAACCAGGGUCAAAAGGCAAUAUCGCGAAUUUCGUCGAUGUCACCGACUCUACCCUCUUCCCAGAGGCCUUCACCAAGGGGACCCUAACGGGCCCCUACGCACGCCAGCACACCUCAGACCUUGUGCGCUGGCCGCUGCUCCUCCGGUACGGCGGCGUGUACGCAGACGUGGGAAUGAUGCAGAUAGGCGAUCUCGACGGACUCUGGCACGCGACAAUCGCCAACCCGGACUCGCCUUACGAGAUCCUCUCCUACGCGCCUAGUGGCGCGGCCCAUUAUAGCCUGUGCAACUAUUUCCUGGCAGCGCUGCCCGACAAUGCACUCUUUGCGCGCUGCCAUCGUCUGCUGCUUGCUCUGUGGAGUGUUGACGGCAACAGGACCACCACCGAGGGGAUGCAUGCCAACCCGCUGCUGCGUGGGGUACCCCUGAUGGGAGGCGAGUUCACGAUCACGGAGGACGAUGGGACGUUUAUCGGGCCGGACGAGGUGAGCCGGAUGCUGACGGACUAUAUCAUCCAAGGACAGGUGGCUACGGCGGUGAUGGGGCUGGUUGAUGCGGAGAGUAAUUGGGAUGGGCCGGCGUAUUGCAUGGAGCAUUUCUAUGCAAUUGAGUUUAUGGAGGGGUCGCAGCUCGUCAAUGAGUUGACGGCCUGGAAUGGACAGAAGGCUUUUGAUCUGCUGUCGCUAUCUUUACCGGAAGAUGGGGAGAAGGAAGACGAAUCACAGCAACAACGACAGGCCCGCGAGAUUGUCGAGGCUUGUUUAUCACGCAGCUUUGGGUUCAAGCUGGCGCAUGGUCUUAUCCUGCGCGUCAACCGGGUCACUCUCGGCUCGCUGUGGCGGGAUAACCCCGGUUCUGAUGUUGUGCCCGGCACAUAUGCUGCCUGGCUUCGACAUGGGAUUGCCUACUGGUGUCCAGAUACAAUACCGGAUCGAGUGGCGCUUCCGUUGCUCCCUCCUACGAAGGUUGGGCGAUUACUCGAGGAUACAGAAUAA